CGCGCUUAUCCACUGUGUGGCUUCGCGUCAGCUUCGUUUCGUGGUUUCGUCAACCGAACUUGUGUGAGCAUGAAUAACUCUGACUUGGAAGACUUUUACCACCAAACGGCCGAAGAUUCUCUUCCUGUGGCCACGGGUGGCAGGCGUCUUCCGUGCUGGUGCAGGGGCCGAGAGCGCGCCCCUUUGGAGUCCCUGCCCCUGUUCCAGUUUCUCAAAGACCAGUACGAAGCCGACGGGGUCAGCGCAAGGGUUACCCCUGCCUCUGCCCUCAGGGGGUUGGGGCGAGGGAGGCCUCUCGGAAAGGGUGCAGAUUGGGCAGGAGGAACCAGCUCGUCGGAUACGGACGACGACAUGAACAUUGUCCAAAAAUUCCACAAAAAUCAGCGGCCCAACCACCUUCAAGUCUUCUCCCAGAGUUCGAGCUCAAACGCUCGUGGAAGAAUGAGACCUCCACAUUCAAGGCCCUCGAAUCCAAGGCCCUCGAAUCCAAGGCCCUCGAAUCCAAGGCCCUCCGAAUCCAAGCGCUUGGAAAACCCACAAGGCAUCAGGCAGCGCACCGAAAAUGGCUGGCAGAGUGACAUCCCCUCCGAAGGCUCGCAUCGGAAUCAGGUCGCGCAGACCACGGAACAAGCGGUCCACUCAAACCCGGAGCGGUCGACCACCAAGGAACCUCAGUUCUGGGCAAAGAAGACUGGUUCACUGCCAUCUAAGGCCACGAACAAGAAGCCGUCUUUCAAUCCGGCCGAGUUUGUCGGCGCAGAUAGCCUGGAAUGUGGAGCAUCGUGGGCCAAUGCCAGGGAGUCUCACUCCGCGAGCUCCGAGGAUGACAGCACGGAUCUCAGCGACGAAGAAGGCGUGACGGCGGCGGGGAAGCGUCACAUUGGCUUGGAGAUGUGUGCAGAUGUGGUGGAGCGAGCCACUUCCGCCGUCUCGACGUCGUCUCUCUCGGAGUCCUCGCCAGAGGAGGUGGCGCCGGAGGGCCACCCCCCGCCUUGGACCUUCAAGAUGGCCAAUUUCCCGGACUCUGUGACGGCCGAACAAAUCUCCGAAAUCCUCGCACCGUUCUCGGAAGUGACGUCGGUCGUGCUGACUCCCAGCCCCGCCGGCGUGACUGCACGAGUCACGAUGAGAAAAUGUUGCGAUAUAUCCUGGAUCCAGCAGUGCUUGGAGGGGACGUCGCCCUUUGGAGUUGGAACAAGCCCACUGAAGAUAUCAUGUUGGCAAGAGGAGGGACGAUAGGAACAGCAGAAUUAUGCUGGCUGAUAACACUGUUUCACAUUUGCUGUAAUGUGCCAGUGUACCCGUGAUUGCCAUCUUUCAUCUUCACAAUGCAACGAAGUAAUGUUGUUUUAGAGGCGGUGCAAUUCCCAAAGUCAGGGACUCGCACUGGAAUCAAAACAGUAACCAAAAACAUUUGAGGAGCGGACAUUUUUUCGGUGACUAGAACGAAACUUCUCUAUAUUUGGAUCCGAGGAAAAAAUGAAACCGGCAAGAGCGAACGAGGAACCUGUGUAUUAUAACAACUCAGUGCUAGCAAUGUAUUGACAAAUACUAGUAAUAGAUCCCACUGCGUGGUGUUCAGCCGCACAAUUUAUUUCGUUGAGUCACAAGCUGCGGACGAAUUAUGUUUUCAGACCGCAUAUAAAGGGCUGUUUAUACUCCAUCGUCAACGAACGCAACGCGUGCCAGCGCAGGAGUUCCUGCGGAAUUUCGCCGGAAUUCUUCGAUGAAAAUUGAUGCACUCGAUAUUCCACAGGGACCUCUUUCUGAAAGACGGCCGGCCUGUUAUCAGCGCAGUAGACUUUUACGCCGACUCGAGAAACCGACACCGAAGAGAGCAGACGAUGCCUAAAUCAAGCAGUGUACGUGUUCAAAAUUGUAGUGCGCUUUACAGAACCCAUACGAACAAUGCAGGAUUCAGUCCCACUUUCAUCGCAUACUGCUACUGUCGUUUACAAGCUGAAACAUCCCGGUUGAAAAUUUCUGGCCGGCUAAAUAGUUAGGAGGCUUCACUGGGUCCACUAUUCCCGUACAUUCGACAGCGCUUGUGGUUUUGAUCGGGAACGGCUGCCAGUGCCUACGACUAGCGCAUGAUUCUAUAUAGCACACGGAUCAGGUCAUCCUUAUUUCUAAUUGACUCUACCUUUGAUGCGUCACCGAACUUUCAGCUUUGGUCGGCACCCCACCACCACCAGCUUGUUAGGUGUUCGCUUCUUUCGCAGGAGCUGUGGGUACGUGAAAACGUUAAACUCCGAUUGAAGGAUAGGGGGUAGACUCAAAGGCAGCUUGCUUUGAGGUCUACCGACUAUCUUUCUGAUCAGAGUCAAUCGGAGCUCGGCAUUCUGACGUCGCCACAACUUCCACAAAAGAAGCGAAGGGACUUGCGCCGCCUAACGGGGUUAGCACAUCCUCGAAGCAGCCUACGUCCAUGCACACACUCGCACAGUGGAGCGCACGAACGUUAAAUAUGUGCAGCAACGCAGGAAUACAUGGACGACACGCAGCAAGAACGGCAGGUUCAGAUCACAGAAAUGAGCGUCUUGCACACCCCGACUGGCCCAGAGUUCUCGAAUGUGACGCUCGUGCGUGGACUUCCAAGAUAGUCACUGUCGUCGGUCCUCGCUUUGUUGGCGACGUAAAUCGAGCAGGCUCGAUUUCAUUGUGAACUAUGCUGAGGCACGCUGGGCUACGCUGCGCUUCUUCACGCUGCGCACGACGACGGAGUAUAGACCCCCGUUCGCAGCCAGCGUCGGCCAACGUGAUUGGGCGCGUGUGCUCGUCGACAUUACGACGGAGUAUAAAGAGCCCUUAAGUGGUGUACGCACAUCUUGUGGAAGUUUACCCGGAAGGCGGAAGGUUUAAAAUUGUGUAAACAGGUUGUAGACUUUCUGGUUUUAGUCGAAAAACACUUAUGAACAUCUUCCGGUGUCAGAAAUAUAAAAGCUGUUCAAACCCAAAAAGCCGAAAUUCUAGACAUUUUUGCUCUAAGCAAGGACUGUUUACGUCGAAGCACUCCUUUUGACAUUCGUCGGGUGCUUAAUUUUAUCUUGAAUCACGCACCUUGUUGGUCCCGUAUCGCGUGAAUCACUGGCACGAAAGUGAGGUCAGUUAGAUGGUUGCCACAGUUUGUCAGAAUGUCUGUUCUGAUCAGAUCAGAGCUGGACAACGGUGUUCGAAAUUACAAUGAUGGUCGUCGGUCUGGUCUUGCGAAAGAAGCAGGAGCAACUUGCCUUCCUUGUGGUGGAAACAUUUUGUGUAAGAACAUCUAAAUUUUUGUCAUCAUGAGCGGGAUAAGAAAGCGAAAAGCUCCUGAUAAUUGUGUUAAUGAGUACCGUAUUUACACGAUUGUAAGUCCACUCGAUUGGAAGUCAACCCCCCACAUUGCACAUCAGCAAAAAAGAACAAAAAUCAUUAGAUGCGCAUUUUACUGCAAACACGUGAGAACAGCAAAGUAUCUGUUUUGAAAGCCCAGCCUCCAACACACGAUAAAUGACUUCUGGCAUGCUUUGGCUGCGCAUGCAGGACAAGGUGCAUGAGAUACCCAGGCGUUAUCGAAACUACGAAGUUCACGCCGGAAGUGGGACAACUGAAGCUGCUCCCUAUUGUUCUCACUUCAUCCGCGACUAGACUACGACCCGUCCGCACUGGUUAUAUCAGUCCCAUCGUCAUCACUGCUACAUCCUCAAAGCACGCCGUCGGCAUUGUCCAACGAAAUUUCGCACUUCACAAAUGACGGCAUGAACUGCAUCUUCCGCACUUGCUUGGCGAUCACGUUGCACGUCAUAGGGUAGGGACCAAUUGCACACUUUUGCGGCAUACGUUGCAAGCCUGACCUCCAACUCCGGAAGGCAUCCCCACCUAUCCAGACUUUGGCCCGCGGAAGCCUUUUCGUUUGCCGUCACAGUUUAAGAUCCCACGCUAUUGCAGACUCCACUGGAGCAUCACCCGCUCCGACGGUUCGAACUUGUGUCCAACAGCGCAGUUGUUGGUUGCCUCUGGGUGAAGAAUGGCCAUAAACGAGCACCGAAAACCUAAACUGCCCGCAUCACGCAUGUCAAUAAAAAAAGACCACUCCAGCAUGAUCUCGACACUCGAUCAAACAAUCUGCAUCUGCAACCGUACAUUCGGGUUAAUUUGUGAAUUGCUAUCAAUACUCGUUCGAGCGAAUAAAAAUUAAAAAAAUUGUAUGCACAGAUAAGCACAAUGCUACACAGGUACAGCCGGCUGAAGUCGUAACAAGCCAAGGUGUUCUUGACAUUGCGAUUGUUUUGUUUUUGUCGGCGGUUGAAUGUUUUGGUUAAAUUAUAAGUGGACCCCCCACUUCAGAUUUUCACAAUUGAAAAAUGGGUCGACCUACAGUCGUGUAAAUGCGGUACUUGGGACUUUCGGCUCGUGUUCGUACCCGGUGUCCGUGGUUAGAAAUGCAUUAGCUGUAGCAUCUAUCGCAUAAUUCUAACCGUAGACGACGGACGACAAAGGGGACUAGGGCAAACCCUCACGUUUCAGAUGCAGCGUAAUAGAUUUUAUUCGCACAUCGUGCUUUAUAUGCUACCCUCUUGCACGACCUCACCGGGUUUGCCCACAUUUACACGGCCAGUGCCAUGCUUCCAUAACACAGCCAGUGGUGCAAACCUGUAUAACCCACCUGCUCAUAAGACCUUCACCAAGUUUGCUCAUGUUCACACAUCCAUUGCCAUGCUCUCCAUGACAUGCCCAAUGGUACAUGACUUGGACUUCUCUAACAAAACCUAUCAUCUAUCAGUUGGCUGUUCUUUGUCUCAUGUGCGUGCCUCAAGACGAGGUUUCCGGGUGUUUGGAACAUACCAGAAGCACAGACGAGUGUAUGCCUGUGAUACUAUUUUUAUGAACGUGUAAAAAUAAAUAAUCAAAUGUUUGACAUUUA